CGCUUUUCUAACAAUAGACAGGUGCUUGCAUUGGCUUUGGCCGCGCUAGUACCAACGUACUCAUAGAACAACCGCCUAAAGGAACCAUAGAACUGAGCACAUGCAGUUCCAAUUCAUUUGAUCUCCUCGACGAAUGAGAAUGCUACGUGCCGUCUCUGUGUCCUUACUUGCGCUAGCGCAGGAGGCCAGCCUCGCUUCUGCGACUGGGAAUGCUUUUUUGAGGUCAGCGGUCGAUCUCGUUGUGGAUGACGCUCAAGCGGCUCUCGCAAAAUGUGCCAAGUGGGACGAUACCUUCAGUUAUGGGCAGUUCUUAGUUUUUGUUGUGCCGCUCGUUUUGCUUCUUCUGUGAGGGAGAGAAGCAAGACGAACAAGGGGACUAAAAACGAGGAUGAUCAAUCUUUUAGUUAUAAGCUCUAAUUUAGUCUCCCCAUCUUCGAUCGGAUGCAGCGCCAACGGGUAGAGAUGAAACCAUGCUUGCUUGCGAUGCAUCCGAGACUCAUGCGCGCGGCGCGUCUGUUGGUACUGAGAUAGAUAGGCUGACGUUCUUCGUCCUCGUGAAAUGUUCGAAAGUUUCACUUCUUCAAAAAUAACAUCCUAAAGUUCAGAGUUGUCGUCUAUCUCACUUAUUAUUUCCACAUUCUCAUUCUGACAAACACCACCACAGCGCCGGGUGUAUCAUCACGCGGAUGUGCGAGCAGCUGCCGACGCCUACUUUGUCGAUAGGAGUAAAGAUUUGCUGGCGCAGUUGCAAGACUAUGGCUCCAACUCGGCUGAGUGGUAUUACUGGCACGGCCUCAAGGUAUCAGUCGCGGAGACGCUAACGCAGCUCCAAAAGCACCUAACUCUGAUUUACGGCUCUGCUCAUAAUGACUCAUCUUCUACUUCAUAGAGUGAAGCGUCUUAUUCAUCUUCUACUUCAUAGAGUGUUCAUAGUUAUAUUUAUCCCACUUUAAUAUUCCUUUUCCUUCCUGGAAGAUACUUAAUAAAUGCUGAGACAACAAAUAACAACUAUGAACGUCCUCGUAGAAGAUGGAAUAUGUUUGUGAAGAGCUCUAACUGAUACUCAAAGAAGCAACUAACCCAGACGUGUCGUUUCCCGCGAUAGAGCUGAUCGGGACUAAGGAGACUUCUAGUGGAACGACUGCAAUGCCGCGCAUGGCCUAUGAGCUAACCGACACGAAGAAUCCUCCAGCCGCAGCGACGCAUAUCGUUUUCUCGAGUCGACACAAGUCUCAGGCGAACAGCUUCCUAGAACCAAGUUAUGAAUGUUGAGCUUGAAAUCAAAUCAAAUGAUUUUGAAGCAGGAUCUCUUUGUCAUCGUUUGAUCUCCCUCUCUCUGGUCUAGCUGGUACAACUGGUUGCUGGUCUCACUCUUUGACGUGAUCAACACUAAACCUAAUGGUUGUUCCUUAUUUUGCAGGUAGAACACUUUUUGUUGUUCCGCGUCUAAUCUGUUGGACCGAACAAGGGGAGCUCUGUAUGGACCACGACUGUUGUUGACGGCAAGGACUAUCCGAAGUUCACCGACGCUGCCUUCGACGAAGCGACUCAACUCACGGACGGGACUGUAAAUCUAUUGGUGGUGCCGCGGCGCUGGGUGCAGAGUGACGCGGGAGCUGAGCUUGCAGCGCGACUCGCCGAUAGCAAGGAAGUGCUUAAGCGGCAUUUCCUCAAAUCAUCUUGUUGAAAUGCAUCUCCUGCGAAGGGUGCUUAUCAUUAAGAGGGAAAUAUCCUUGCGGUAUUUGAUAUAAAGGCCGGCAAUUAAUACUUUUGUAAAAAGCAAAAGCACCUUUCGCAGAUGCUUUAUGAAACAAGAAGAUGAAUCUGGCAAGCUCAUCCUCUAAGGUGCAGCUCGGCGUCUACCUGGAUAGGCGAGAGAAAUGUCCCACGGCUAAGGAGCUGGAGAAACUGCAGACGGAACUGAAAAAAGCUGGAUUGACAGAGAAAUUGCGGUAUGUCUUGGCCAGACACGAUUUUUUGAAACCAUGCAAUGCCGAACUCCUGCGCGACUACGGCUUUAUGCUGUUUGCAAGUCCCGUUGCCGUUACGGAGAAUGACGUCAUGGGCGAUGGUAAUUGGAAUGCUGAAAUAAUUGAUUAGAACGAUUUGUAAAUAAGACGGUGUCUAACUUGUUCAACAUUGUACUGACUAGAUCCUUAUAGCUGUAGUUCCUGGACAUUCCCAAUCCGAGUCAGCUAGCAUCAUCGCCACCCCUACAUCAUAAUCAAGUAGAGACAUCAUACAAGUACAGCCUCGUCAUUAUAUUUCUCUUUUUGCAGACCCUUUCCGAGAGAAGAUUCCUCUUGAGGCUGUAGUUGCCGACAUCCAGGAAGUACCAGUGGUUGUUCGAAAUGCUGCAACACUGAUCGACACUGCGAAAGCGGUUCAGCAGGAAACCGAUGAGCAGUGGUUGCGGGCUGCGAGUUUCGUGUUGCCCGCUGCAGCUACGCUAGAGGCGGAAGCGAAACUAGCAAAGGAAAAGUACGAUAUCCUGUCGAUCCCGUUUCCCAAGACGUUGGUGCAGGCAGCAAACACGACUUUCCUUGGUGGAAUCAACCCAGUGCACUUGGAGAAAAUCGAAGAGUAAAUCUUACUGAAUGGUAGUUCUGCCUCCUUCCAAUCCUCUCUCGAUACUUCCUGAUAAGGUAUUAGCAGCACGACUUCUCCUGUUGUAGAAUAAUAUAGGCUGAACUUCUGGCUCUACUCGAGCCUGUUUCGUCCCGGACAGCACGGCCUGGCCGUAGAGCCGCGGACCCUAAACCUCGAACCUUGAACCUUGACUUCUCCUAUAUUGUAGAAUAAAAUGUACGCUGAAAGAAGUAUCGAAAUUUUCCACUCACGAACAGGUACCGGCAGCAGUGGUAUGAAAACGAAGAUCUAAUCAUCAUGGAGAAUUUUUUCGACCAGGAGACUUUUGCGCGGAUUGAAGCAGAAAGUCAUCGGCUGUGGCGUGCGAGUGAGAUGGAGCCGAACUGCAACCUGGACGGUCGAAAUCGCUUGGGAGGAUACGUCCUGGAUGAUCUUUACGAAGAAGCAGUAGUAUUCAUCGAAGAAGCAGUAGUGUUCGCAGUAGUAUUUAUCGAAGAAGCAGUAGUGUUCGCAGAAGGAGUGUUCAUUUUCAUCCCUUCUAAGAAGAAAGUCUAUUUACGUUUUGCCUUUGUAUCCACAAUUUCAGUUUAUAGGAUUCUGGGGAUGUGAUGUGCCUUAAUUGAGUUUUGUGAUGAGAAUCUCAACUUAGAGUUUUUUCGGUACGUCACAAAUAAGGAGCGUGAUUGAAGUUUUCUCAUCUUGCCACUUGUAGGAUUGGUACCUUAAAAAUUCACUACUGUCAUAGUGCCGCUUCGUACGUGAAGCGGCACUACUUUGUUGACAUUCAGCGUCAAAUUAGUACAGUGUACUGCUACUCAUGACAAGUACUAAAUUGAUGUCACUAAGUCACUUACAGCACUCUUAGUGCCUUAAGUCAUCUUGGUCAGUCACGUUGCCUUAAUUGAGUUUUGAACGCGUGACUGAAGUUUUUUCGGUACGAGCGAAGGAAGCACGAUAUCCUCCGCUAAUCUCUGGACCGACGUGGCAGUUUCUACGAUCUGAUCUAUCGCAAUCCAGCUUUGCAGCAUUUCGUAUCCUCGAUUUUUUCCAAGCGUAUGUGGCCAUCCGAUUUUCCACUUGAACUGCGAGAAUACGGCGAUGGCUCGAGUGGAAUGUCGUUUAAGGCUUUAGUCACGACAGAUUGUUCUAUGUAUAAGAAGUAGUAUUAGGAGGCUCACAAAUGCGAAUAACAUGUUCUGAUAUAGAAUAUCUCUGCCUUUUUCGGAGUCGGAAAAAGUGCCAGGUGUGUAGAUGACUCAAGGAAGAAAUGGAGGACGAACCACAGUACUUUGUACAGAGCAGGACGCAUGUUGGUCUAAGAUGAGCCAUCGAGAUCUCGCAUUGUAUGGGGACGCGUAUAUCGAUGCUGAGUUCGCCUUUACCGUUGCCAACGCCUCACCCAGCCACGAGGUCACCUUCACCGAUCUAAAAGGUACUUAGAUGUGUCCUUUCCUGAUCUAAAAGGUAGUUCGAUGUCCUCGUCUACUUAGGAUGGAAAGUAUAAGUAAACCUCUGUCGUAUACUGGAUGAUGUCUUCUCUACGAUGAACAUGAUUCGUCUUCGACAUUUACGUAAGUAAGCAGUGUUCCCACAAGAUUUCAAACCCACAAGGUGUGAAGCAUCGCAUUAAUCCGAAGGCAAACACGCUGUUGAUGGUACGACCGCAGGCGAGUCUCCAUUGUGCGGGAGGCGUGGAUCCUGGAACCAGUAGGCAGAUGAUGAAAUGGAUUUUCAUUAUGAUCGGGUUUUAUUGUUCAUCUUUCCUAGCACUAUAAGAUACUUAGGAGCUGCUAGUGUUCUAGAACUUCUAUAUAAUAUAGCUCCUUAGGUGAUCGAGUAAGGACUUUCCUAGCACUGUGGUCCCCUACGGUCGUCACGAAAGGCGAUAUCAGGGGCACAAACAUGACAUGCCAUACUGUAGCCACGGAAUGCCAGGGCAAGGGAAUCCGGAUAGGGGGACCGAGAUGAAUCAAACUCAAAACAUACUCUAACUUCACAGGGAGUUACAAAAAAGCGACAGACUUCGAGAUGUACGCUACCAAUGAUUGUGGGGAAUCGAGUCUGUCCUGGAAGGCUUUAAUGAAGAAGAAGGGCGAAUAUGACCGAAGCUCAGAGCUAUAAGUUUUUGUCUGGCUCUAGGGUAGAGUUGGCGGGGUUGCAUCCAUCAAGUGUUAUCUUGGCGGAGGACUAGACAAGUAGUACCACAAACUGCAGUGCAAACCUCAAUUAUUCUAGUUUUUUAACAAAUUAUAGUAACCAAAAACCCACAUCCAGAUGAAAUGGAAUAUGACCUGACUCCAUAUACUUGUACACGUCGCAUAUUGCGCUACCUGAGAACGCGGAACACCAGCAUAGACAUCGCAACUCCAAGAGAAGAUGGACAUAUUUUUGGAUGUCCUUCUUUCUGUUGAGAGAGAUACUCUCUCACGCGAACGAAAUCGCUGUAGCAUGAUGUGACGCUAACAUGAAUUGUUAGUUCAUCGUCCAUAUUAUGAACAAGAUGAUAU